AUGCUUAACACUUCAACGGCCAAAUUCAAUUAUUGUUUUGCCGUUCGAUACUUCGAAGGAACAAUUGCCGGCGAGAAUAACACGAGUCCUUUGCGUGGCCAGUUCGAGUUGGAGGACGCCGGUAGGGUGGCCACGCGGCCCUCCUCGACGGGGCCAGUGGUGAACACCGCCGCGGCCGAGGCGACGGUCACCUUGCCGCUGCGACGCCCGCCGUCCGCCUCCAGCGCGACCGCCACCACCACCACCACCACCACCAACACCAACUCCACCAACACAAACAACACGUCCAGCAAAGAGGAGAGUCGGGUAAAACGCGCGCCCUCAGCCGAGGAGAAGGAGAGGGAUCGCGACAGCGGCGGCGACGGCAAGGCGCCCGCCGGCAGCGCGUCCCCAGCGAGCACGCAGGCCGCCCUCAACGUGAUCCAGCGCCGCCGCCGCCCGAAGCGACGCUCCACGGGCGUCGGCCACGUGGACAUGGACGACAUUGUCAACGACCGCGGCGGAGGCGGGGAAGGCGAUGGGGACAUCGAUAACGCUCAGUGGGAUGCGUGCGAGAUGAGUCGGAAACCAGAUAGAUACUCAUCUCGACCACGGAGCUAUGGCUCGUCGCCGAGUGUGUUUGGUUCGAUGUUCAGCAGUCAAUACAGCCCCUACACAAACAAUUAUUCGAACUCCUACACGUCUAGCUCGUACAGGAACUACAACCCAUACACGGUUGGCCUGGGUCGGCCCUCUAACUUGGGCAUUUACGGUGGUACCAGUUCCGGUUACGGCGGAGUGUAUUUGAGUAGUGCAACAUUGGGAUCUUUGAACUUGAUGACGCCGGUUUUAAAAAAGCUGGACAAAAAAAUAUUGGCGAGCCAAAAGAACUUCAAGCCUAAACCGGUGCCCCCGGCGAAGGUGCAGGAGGCGCCGGCGGUAGUCGAAGCUGUAGAGUUGCCUGAAACGCCGGAAGCGCCCCCCGUGAGGCCGGAGCGGAGGUCGCGCUCAGGAAGUAGGGGCGGUGGCCUCAACAAAGAGCGCUCGCGUUCGCUUACCGCGCUCGACUCGUCAGCGACCCUAAAUUCGCGCUCGUUGAGUUUAAAUUCGCUCGCUUCGGAUGGAUAUUGUUCUGGCAGCGAACGUACAGACGACGGCGAAGAGAAGGACUACAAAGCACUGUACGAAGCAUCCCAGAGUGAAGUACGCCGCCUUAGAGCACUCCUCACCACAUCCGAGCAACAGCUACGCGAGGCUCGCGCGACCAUCGGCAGGCUUACACAAGUGAAUCAAAACUCCCUAUCCGAAAUCGAUAAGAGAGAAAAACGCGCUAUGGAAAGGAAACUAUCGGAAAUGGAAGAAGAGCUGAAGUAUCACCAAGCGCUUCAAGCGGAGAACCAGCGACUGAAGGACGAGAACGGAGCGCUCAUCAGAGUUAUCAGUAAACUGUCCAAA